CGCACCAGCCUAGUUAGCUUGCAAGGGAUUAAGGGACUUAGUUAAUGAUGGUACAUUUAUUUAUCAAAGAAAACGACUGGCGGCAUACCUGCUUUUUCUCUCGGAGUUGCCCUGUGUCUUUGGGUAAAAGCAGCAAAGACGACAUCGUCGAUUUUUAUCGAAACAGGCAGAGUUUUGGAGUGGGCUUUACCUCGUAACUAGCUAGGUUUGCUAACGUUAUCAGGCAGACGUAAAGUGAUAUACAUUAACGUUACACACUGAAUACAUAUCUCCGUGUUUCCAUCACGGUUGAUUUGCUGUCGUUUGGUGCGAAAAUGGAAGCCGCUCAAGAACAUUUUAUGGAGCAGGAAGAGUCCGAUGGAAGCGACAAACCAUCGUCAUCGCCCUACAAUUCCCCUUUUCGCUCCACUCGACUACACAUCCAGAGAAGUAAUGUCUGCUCUCGGGCUUACUUCGUUGUGGUCAUGGUCUUCUUCCAUGUGUACAUCCUGAAUGUUAUCGCCCUGUUGCUCUACGUGCACUACAACAACGGACCCGGGGACCUUGUCAGUAGCGACGGGGCCUCCUCAUCAGCAUUGGUCAGCGAGGGUGGGAGCCCUUUGCCCCAUCCUGCCCCAGCUUCAAGAGAGCUACAUGUGGAGGACUACAGUCAAAGUUUCAGUCUCCCUCGCAUUGAGGGGAUACGGGUGGGACAUGUUCAGCAGGUGUCCCUUGUGCCAGAGCGAACACAUGAGAUGAAGACACUAAGCUUGAAACCUCUGCUAUUUGAGAUCCCUGGCUUCCUGUCAGAGGAGGAGUGCCGUGUGGUGGUGCAGCUGGCUCAGCUCAAGGGUCUGAUGGAGAGCCAGGCACCAGCACCCAGCCAGGGACAAGAAGAGUCAAACCAGCCUCUACUUUCUCUCAGCACAGAGGAGGUCUUCAGUCUUUUGGACCUAAACCAGGACGGGCUGCUGCAGAAGCAGGAGAUUGUGAGUCACUCACGUUCUCGAGAUGGAACUUGGUUGAGCCCAGAUAACUUACGGCAGAUACUCACUGGUCUGGAAGCUCGCCCAACAGAGAUGCUGAACUUGGAGGACUUUAGACGUGUUUAUGAUGUGUCCCAACGCCCAGGACAACAGCGAAGUGGGAAGCUCUGGAGUCAAUUCAGACAGAGAAGCAAACACACAUGGCUUUUCCAAGGCCUGGGAUCUCACCAUGUGCUGCAAACCCUCAGGAACAGAGUAAUCAGUCUGACACGUCUGCCCUCUGCAUUGGUUCAACUGAGUGAGCCGCUGCAGGUGAUUCGCUAUGAGCACGGAGACUUCAGUAAUGCCCACCAUGACAGCAGCCCUUCUCAGUCAGAGACUAUCUGUGCACACACACGACUGGCAGGAAACACAUCUGCUCUUACAGAGGUCUCUUGCAGGUAUCUUACUGUGUCGUUCUACCUCAGCUCUGCAGAGGAAGGUGGUGAGACCACCUUUCCUGUGGCAGACAAUCGUACCUAUGAAGAGCAGGCACUGGUCCAGGAUGGAGCUGAUUUGACUGACACCCAGGAGACAUGUGGCAGAGGAAACCUGAGAAUAAAACCUACUCCUGGGAUGGCACUCCUCUGGUACAACCAUCUAUCUGAUGGUAGAGGUUGGAUGGGAGAGCUAGAUGAGUAUUCCCUGCACGGCGACUGCCCAGUCAGGCGUGGGGUGAAGUGGGUGGCCAACAGCUGGGUAAAUGUGGACCCAGACUAUCAGAUGCAGGCCCGCUACCAGAGACUAGUCGCUCAGAGGCAUCGAGCUAAGUCAACCAUGGAGGAGCAUUACCAACCUCUCUCACACAGUGACCUCCACCAGGAUUUAUAGCUGGACCUUUUUAAUGAAAUGACAAAGCGACCAUCAUUUUAAACUGAGUUAGUCUUGCAUCUAUGAAGCCAGUGAGGCCGGACAGACCUUUCCGCUACGUCAGAUUUGAGAUGAACAUUGCACAAAAUAGCAUCCCAGAUAUUUUCUCCUUUCAGUAACUGUCUUACAUUACAUUAUAUCUCUUAAGCCACUGCUCCACAUUUACUUUGUCUUUAAGUCAAUCCUAUUGGGAAGGUUUGGUGAGUUCAACAUAGAUUUACAGAAUACAGAAUUAUGAUGGGAAGAUGCAUUAGUUUCCUCACAAUUAAUUUAUAAUACAAAUGUAACAAAUGUAUAUGAAGUGAAUGCCAUUCUUUAUUAAAUUGCGCCUUAAAAAAUAUAAGUUAUUCAGAAUAACAUACCUACGGAUACUGUGAUGUGAGUUGGAGAAGUUGCAGUCAUAUGUAACAGAUAAGCCUGCUUACCUGCCUUCCAUUUUGAUUAACUAGGCAUCUAUUGGCCCCUGUUGUGGGUCACUGUUAUUUAUUGUUAUAGAAUUAAAGCCUGUUGUUAGAAGCCAUAUCACAAUAUUCAUCUGUGAAUGUGUUCCUGGGAGAUAUUUUCAUGAGGUCAUGUAUGUCUUUUCUGUUCUUCAGGUUUUGUUCCCUGAGUUAAUGAGCUUUGAUCAUUGAAUGUUAUUUAAAUGGCUACUGCAAAUGCAGGACUUCUAAACUGGACGAAAAGAUCGCUUGUCACACUGGCUGUGGGAGCCCAGUCCUUCAGGUGUAAUUCAAACUUAGGUCUUUGAUAUUCCAAUUAUGUGUUUCUUAUCCUCACAACUCAAAAUUAUUUAAUUGUAUGGGAGUAUUUAUUUGAGUGUUAUUUAUUACUACCAUUUGGUGAUUUAAAUUAAAGGAAAACAUAUUUAUUACAGCUUGAUGUUGCACUGAAUUUGUCACUGUAUUUGUUCUGUGUUAUGAAAUG